UUCACAGCCUUAUAACUCCGUCGCUGUGCGCUUCCUGAGUCCACCGAGUCACUAUGAGCUCACCACAACAUAUAUGAGGGCGCGCGGCAACGAAAAUGCUGCGCGCGGUGACCGCGGGCGCGAUUUUUGGCCGAGGCGCCCCCUGGAACACGCGCUGCAGCGACGCGGCGCAGGGCCGCGCCGCGCGCCGCCUCGCGCCACGCUCUCGCUGCCGCGCCGCCAGCGCGCCACCCCACACACGCAAAACGCCGCCGCCGCGGACGCGCCGAUCACGUUCGAACGCGCGCAGGCGAAAAGCACCAUGUUCGAGGCCACGCUCCAGAAGGCGUCGACGCUCAAGAAGGUCAUCGAGGCCAUCAAGGACCUCGUCACGGAUGGCAACAUCGAGGUCAGCGAGACGGGCAUGAACCUCCAGGCGAUGGACUCGUCGCACGUCUCGCUCGUCUCGCUCGUGCUCCACACGGACAUGUUCGAGCACUUCCGCUGCGACCGCAACGUGACGCUGGGCAUCAACCUCCCGAACUUCGCCAAGAUCCUCAAGUGCUCCGGCAACGACGACAGCGUCACGCUCAAGGCCCAGGACGACGGCGAGAAUUUGGCCAUCGUCUUCGAGUCCGAGGGUCAAGAAAGAGUCUCGGAGUUCGAAUUGAAGCUCAUGGACAUCGACGCCGAGUCGCUCGGCAUCCCCGACCAGGACUACAACACGAACGUCAAGAUGUCCUCCGCCGAGUUCCAGCGUAUCGUCCGGGACAUGACGGUCCUCGGCGACACGUGCUCCAUCGGCUGCACGAAGGAGGGCGUCAAGUUCUCCGUGAGCGGCGACCUCGGCCAGGGCAACAUCACGCUCCGCCAGACGAACAGCGUGGACAAGGAGGAGGAGGCCGUCACGAUCGAGAUGGACGAGCCCGUCGAGCUGAACUUCGCGCUGCGCUACCUCGGCUUCUUCACGAAGGCGUCGCCGCUCUGCCCGCGCGUGACGAUCUCCAUGUCGCCGGACGUGCCGAUCGUCGUCGCGUACAACGUCGGCGGCGAGAAGGACACGGAGGGCGCGGGCUCGCUGUCCUUCUACCUCGCGCCGAAGAUCGACGAGGAGUAGGCGCGUGUUGCUUCCCUAUCUCUAAUGUCUCGGCCUAUU